UGCGUCAGCAGCAUUGUUGGGAGGAGGGGGGCAACUGAAGGGAGAGAAAGAGGGCGAGGUACCAGUAAACACGUGCCGAUCCAUCAGCACCUCUUUUAAUGCUGCUGCACAAAUAUCCAUGCAUCGAGCACAAGAUGUGGGAAUCCAACACAGUAUACUGGGCUACCCUACAUUAAAACAAACUGAGGGCGGGAAAUUUGAGGAACAGGAAGCCCAAUUCUGCUGCCCUUAGUAUAGAUUAUUCAUACACAGUUUCAAUAGACUAUGAAUGAAAUAGCAUCUCACUGCUCCCAGACCUUGCAUACGCAAGCCCACUGCACCAACAUCCUUGCACGGCUGUGCCAGUCCUGUCUGCUGCAGUGCUUCACCAGGAGAGCAGGAAGAGGGAGUACGACGAAGAGGAGAGUUAACGAGCAAUGGCUGUUUUUUCCCCCUUCAUGCAUAUUUUAGAUUUCUUUUAUUUCCUCUUGUAUCCUUGUACAAGUGAAUUAUGCUGGGAUUCGAUGAGGGUUCCCUGUGCAGGGCACACGGCAGGAGCACAAGACAGUGAGAAAUCAAAUACCGGAAAAUGAAACAAAAUCAAUGCAAUGUGAGGAGGAAGAGCCACGGCUUUGAUUUAAGGCUGCUCAAGCUAUUCCUCAGCUGAGUGUCAGUUCAUCCCCUUUUAAUCUUAGUUGAUGGGGUCGGUUGUAUCAGAAAACACUGUGUAGAGAGGAGAAAGAGGGUGCAGCAAGGAAAGAACAGAAACAAAAAGAAGAAACCAACCCCUUAAUAUCAGAUUUGCAGAGGGACACUCGAGGCGACGGCAAAUGAGAGAAAUUGAAUGAGGGAAGUGUACGUUAACGAUUGAGAGAGUGCUGUGCUGCAGUCGCAUCCCACAGCAGACGGCAGAGGACUGCCGCUGUGUGUGUGUGACUGCACUGCUGAAGAGGAGGAGUAAGAGGCAGAGAGUGAGCACGUUCAGACUCUGCAGGACCAUAGAGGAACACAGCAGUAGCGGCAGCAGCACUAGUGUUGGCACGCAUCAGGUAAAGGUCCCUGCACCGUAAGAUCUGGACAGGCUGACACCACCCAGACCCCCUCCAGCACCAUGGCUCAAGCAGCCAAACACCUCCGCAAGAACAAGGAUUUAGAAGCCCAGGCUGAACAGGAGCGCAAAGAGAAAGAAGAAGAAAAGGUCAAGAAGAGGAGCCGCUCGCGGGAUAAAAAGCGCAAGGCCCACGCCGUGCAUCGCUGGCUAAUCGAUCAGGACAGUAGUGUGAGCUCUGAGAUGCCGGAUGGCCAAGGAGUAUGGCUCUAUGAUGAUGAAGCAGAUGCUGGCAACAGUUUUCUCCGAGCGGCCCGUUCUGGCAACCUGGACAAGGCUCUGGAACACAUUAAGAAUGGCAUUGAUAUAAAUACAGCCAAUCAGAAUGGGCUCAAUGGGUUGCAUCUGGCCUCGAAAGAAGGCCAUGUCAAAAUGGUGCUGGAGUUACUUCACAACGGAAUUGUACUGGAGACCACUACAAAGAAAGGAAACACGGCCCUGCACAUUGCGGCCUUGGCAGGGCAGGAGCAAGUGGUCACAGAGCUGGUUAACUACGGGGCCAACGUCAACGCUCAGUCCCAGAAGGGUUUCACUCCACUCUACAUGGCUGCACAAGAAAACCAUCUAGAGGUUGUGAAGUUUCUUCUGGAGAACGGGGCUAAUCAGAGCGUUCCAACUGAGGAUGGAUUUACUCCUCUGGCUGUGGCUCUGCAGCAAGGCCAUGAAAAUAUUGUUGCCCUGCUCAUCAACUAUGGCACCAAGGGAAAGGUCCGCCUCCCUGCGCUGCACAUUGCAGCGCGCAAUGACGAUACACGCACAGCUGCAGUACUUCUGCAGAAUGACCCAAACCCUGAUGUGCUCAGCAAGACUGGAUUCACACCCCUCCACAUUGCUGCACACUAUGAAAACUUGAAUGUGGCUCAACUUCUUCUCAACAGAGGAGCUAAUGUCAAUUUUACCCCAAAGAACGGCAUCACACCCCUUCACAUUGCAUCCAGGCGAGGAAAUGUGAUCAUGGUCCGACUCCUCCUGGAUCGAGGAGCACAAAUAGAUGCCAAGACCAAGGAUGAGCUCACUCCUCUGCACUGUGCAGCCAGAAAUGGUCAUGUCAGGAUCAUAGAGAUUCUUCUUGACAAUGGAGCCCCCAUUCAGGCAAAGACCAAGAAUGGCCUGUCUCCAAUCCAUAUGGCAGCACAGGGGGACCACUUGGACUGUGUCAAGCAACUACUACAGUACAAUGCAGACAUCGAUGACAUCACGCUGGAUCACCUGACACCUCUGCAUGUGGCUGCACACUGUGGACACCACAGAAUGGCUAAGGUUCUGCUGGACAAGGGGGCCAAACCCAACUCUCGGGCACUGAACGGCUUUACUCCUUUGCAUAUUGCUUGUAAAAAGAACCACAUGCGUGUGAUGGAUCUUCUUCUCAAACAUUCAGCAUCAUUAGAGGCGGUGACUGAGUCUGGCUUAACACCUUUGCAUGUGGCAUCUUUCAUGGGUCACCUCAACAUUGUGAAGAUCCUGCUGCAAAAAGGAGCUUCACCAAGUGCUUCCAAUGUGAAAGUGGAAACCCCUCUCCAUAUGGCGUCUCGAGCAGGGCACUUUGAAGUGGCAGAGUUUUUACUACAGAACGCAGCACCGGUAGAUGCCAAGGCCAAGGAUGACCAAACACCCCUGCAUUGUGCUGCACGAAUGGGCCACAAAGAGCUUGUAAAGCUGCUAUUGGAACACAAAGCCAAACCAAACUCCACAACAACAGCAGGACACACACCGCUUCAUAUUGCUGCCCGGGAGGGUCAUGUGCAAACAGUACGCAUUCUGCUGGACAUGGAAGCACAGCAAACUAAGAUGACUAAGAAAGGCUUCACUCCUCUUCACGUGGCUUCCAAGUAUGGCAAGGUAGAUGUUGCUGAGCUGUUGUUGGAAAGAGGAGCUAACCCAAAUGCUGCUGGAAAGAACGGUCUGACUCCACUGCAUGUGGCCGUGCAUCACAACAACCUAGAUGUUGUCAACCUGCUUGUCAGCAAAGGAGGGUCACCACACAGUGCAGCCAGGAAUGGCUACACCGCCCUCCAUAUUGCAUCCAAGCAGAAUCAGAUGGAGGUGGCUAACAGCCUGUUGCAAUAUGGAGCUUCAGCCAAUGCUGAAUCUCUACAGGGAGUCACACCUCUCCACCUGGCCUCGCAGGAAGGAAGGCCCGAUAUGGUCUCGCUGCUUAUUUCCAAACAGGCUAAUGUCAACCUUGGCAAUAAGAGUGGACUGACUCCGCUUCACCUUGUGGCGCAGGAGGGACAUGUUGGCAUUGCCGACAUAUUGGUCAAGCAAGGAGCAUCAGUCUAUGCUGCCACACGGAUGGGCUACACCCCUCUUCAUGUUGCGUGUCACUAUGGCAACAUCAAAAUGGUUAAGUUCCUGCUGCAGCAACAAGCCAAUGUCAACAGUAAAACACGGCUUGGUUACACUCCAUUGCACCAGGCCGCCCAGCAGGGGCACACAGACAUUGUAACACUGCUGCUGAAGCAUGGAGCUCAGCCUAACGAGACCACUACGAACGGUACAUCAGCGCUUGCCAUUGCCAAGAGGCUAGGGUACAUCUCUGUGAUUGAUGUUCUGAAGCUUGUGACAGAAGAGACAGUUUCCAUGACCACUACAGAGAAACACCGCAUGAGUUUCCCAGAAACAGUGGAUGAGAUACUGGAUGUGUCGGAGGAUGAAGGCCUUGCACAGCUAACAUUAGGAGAGGAGCUCCUGGGGACAGAAGGGGCCAGGUACAUGAAGAUGGAUGACAUGAAAGACCAUGAUGACGAUUUCCUCUCCCCCAAGAAAUCACUGGAGUACGAGAGAGGGCUGGGCACAGCAAAUUACUCACCAGCCAUUCCCAGGAUUCCACGUGUUUCUCCCGAGACUGUGAACCUGAAAGAGCGCGAGAUAGAUCAGCAACACACUCCACUUCCACUGCCAAAAGAGUAUGAUGAAGACUCGCUCAUUCCCAGCAGCCCAGCGACUGAGACGUCAGACAAUGUCAGCCCAGUCGCCAGUCCCAUACAUACAGGGUUUCUGGUCAGCUUUAUGGUGGAUGCUCGUGGCGGCUCAAUGCGUGGCAGCAGACAUAAUGGCCUGCGUGUCAUCAUACCUCCAAGGACCUGUGCGGCCCCCACGCGCAUCACCUGCCGCUUGGUGAAGCCCCAGAAACUGACCAACCCUCCUCCACUGGUGGAAGGAGAGGGCCUGGCCAGCAGAAUAAUCUCCCUCGGGCCAGCUGGCAUGCAGUUUCUAGGCCCAGUGAUUGUGGAGAUCCCUCACUUUGCUGCUCUGGGCCGUGGUGACCGUGAGCUUGUGGUGCUGAGGAGUGAGAAUGGAUCUGUGUGGAAAGAACACCGUAAUCGCUAUGGCGAUGAGGUUCUCGAGACCAUCCUUAAUGGGAUGGAUGAAGACUUGGAAAGUCAGGAGGAACUCGGGAAGAAGCGAAUCCGCCGCAUCAUCUCAACUGACUUCCCGCUUUAUUUUGCCGUCGUAUCGAGAGUCCAGCAAGAGAGCGAUCUGAUAGGCCCCGAAGGGGGCUCAUUGACAAGCAAGCUGGUGCCAAUGGUUCAGGCCACCUUUCCAGAGACGGCAGUCACCAAGCGAGUCCGUCUGGGGCUGCAGGCUCAGCCCGUUCCAGAUGAGCUGGUGGCCAAGCUGCUCGGUAACCAGGCCAACUUCAGUCCUGUGGUCACGGUGGAGCCUCGGCGGCGCAAGUUCCACCGACCUAUCGGCCUACGCAUCCCCCUACCGCCAUCCUGGAGGGACAGCCCUCGAGACUCUGGGGAGGGUGACACCACCAGUCUGCGCCUUCUCUGCUCUGUCAUAGGUGGAACAGCUGCAGCCCAGUGGGAGGACAUCACUGGUACCACCAAGCUUAUCUAUGCUAACGACUGUGCCAGUUUUACAACCAAUGUGUCUGCACGGUUCUGGCUGGCAGACUGCCCCCGUACAGCGGAAUCAGUGUCCUUUGCCAACCUUCUCUACAGAGAGCUGUCUGCUGUACCUUACAUGGCGAAGUUUGUUGUUUUUGCAAAGAUGAAUGAGUUACGGGAAGGCCGACUGCGCUGCUACUGCAUGACGGAUGACAAGAUGGAUAAAACACUGGAACAGCAUGAAAACUUCACAGAGGUGGCCCGUAGCAGAGACAUUGAGGUAAUGGAGGGAAUGCCUCUUCACCUGGAAUGUUCAGGGAAUCUGGUGCCAGUGCGGAAGGCAGCCCAGCAACCUCGCUGCUUCAGCUUCCAGGCCUUCAGAGAUAACAGACUUCCUGUCUCGGUUAAGGUGAGAGACAGCAGCAAAGAGCCCACUGGCUUCCUGUCUUUCCUGCGUAAAACCACCAAGUAUGAAGACAGCCAACAUGUGCUGUGUAACCUCAACAUCACCAUGCCUCCUUGUAUCAAGAUUAUUGGAAGUGAAGACCGCAGGCGAACUUUGACCCCGUUGGCUUUGAGAGAAAGAUACAGUGCGCUGAAUGAACCUGCCAUGGCUUCAAUGAGUGCAAUGGAGCGCACUGAACUGAAGAUGGCUGUGAUAGCAGAGCAGUUGGGACUGAGCUGGGCUGAGUUGGCACGUGAGCUUCAGCUCAGCGUGGAUGACAUCAACAAGAUUCGCGUAGAGAAUCCAAACUCUCUGCUGGAGCAGAGCUCUGCAUUGCUCAACCUGUGGGCAACACGCGAGGGCAAAAGAGCCAAAAUGGAGAGCUUGUACACGGCCCUGAAGAGCAUUGACCGCAUGGACAUCAUCACAAUGUUGGAGGGCCAACCAGCACAGCCCACCAGACAAAGCUCCCGUGAUCUCAGCAGACGACGACAGGACGACAGAGACCACCUCUCUCCAGCUAUGACCAACGGUUAUGGGCUGGCGCAGGAUGAGCUUCUGUCCCCGGCCUCAAUGCAGUACAGCCUACCCUCGCCGCUGGGUGCUGAGGCCUACUGGCAGGAGGUCUCCAGCCUGGAUUGUGCACCUAUUGCCACCACAGAGGAGGACACCCUCAUGGAGAUGUCUGACGUGCAGGUGUGGCCCUCAGGUAACUCCCCCUCCCUGGUGCCUGUGGAGGACUCCUCGCUGGAGUGCAGUAAUGCUGACGACUCUGAGGGCCUGCUCGGGCUGCCCUAUGGAAGUCUGGGUCGGCCGGCCAGUCAGGCCAGCGCCACCAGCGGAGGGGGCGGUGUGCUCAGCUCCAUCGAACUCCCCGAAGACGAUUCCGAAAUGGGCGUUGACUCUCUCAGCACCGCCACGCCGGCCUCGCUUGGCGGCACCAUCGCUGGUAUCAAUCUUAAUGGACUGAACAAUGGUCAGGGGUCAGAGGCAAGUUCGGAGAUAUCGGCCAUCACUAGUACGACUGGUGGCAAUGGAGGAGGAGGAGAAGGAGGGACAGGCUCAGAGGAAGGGCUUUCUCUUGUUGCAGGACAACAAAGGCUGUAUGCCCGACUUAGUGAGUCAGCUGGUCACACCUGUGUUGCAGAUCGGAAUGGAGACAGGUCAGCUAAUGGUGGAAGUGGAAGUGGUUCUUUCAUCUCUUACCUGCAGGAACAGACAGGCCCAGGAUGGAUCCCUGUCACUGACCCACAGGCCUGGGUGGGCAACCCACCAAAAACCAGGCAGGUCAUUGACACCAUGAUAUCCUCAUGCUGCAACUCCGUGGACGGAGACCAGUCCCAUAUAUCCCAGGAGGCCUUGCUGCAACCUGUGAGGGACAUGGGGCACUCUGAGAUUUUACGAGGGCACUUCCGGGGUACCCAGCCAUUUGAGAAGGGUUUGGGCUUCCCACACAGGACCCCAGAGAUGAGGGCCUGGGAUGAUGUGCGCUUCAAAGGGCAGGGUGAUGAGGCUGAAGAUCUUCCUGGGGAGCAGGUCAGCGAGGAGCAGUUUACAGAUGAACAUGGAAACAUCGUCACUAAAAAGAUUGUGCGAAAGGUUGUGCGCAGAGGCAAGGGUGAAGAUGCUGUUCAGGACGUGAGCAAGGAGGGUUCUCUGCAGGACGCCAACGAGCUGGAAGUAGACGCUGAGCAGUUCAUGAGCUACGCCAUCCUGGGCCGGGAAAGCAGCAAGCCCGAUACUGUGGAUACUGUGAAGAAAGGUGCUCAGAUAGUGAAAUGUGCCAGUCUGCGGAGAGUUAAGCAGUGAGGCAGGCUGAGUGCUGCUUUCCCGCAGAGUUCUCUGCAGGACUCCACCCCAUCACCAAAAACUUCCUACAUGGACACAUGACCAGCAACAGCUGACACAAACUGAAGAACACUCGCAAACAAACAAAAAAGGCAGAAAGAAAGAAAUGAAUGGCACCAACUCAUUGCUGCUGCACAUACGAGAAGGAUAAUUGUAGUUUUUAUGACCUUUUUAUUUGAAUUUAAGAAACCAUGAGGACAAAUGACCUACUACUAAACUAGAAGCAUGAUUUCUUAUAAAACAAAACAGACAAAAAACAUAGCAACCUAAAACAUGCUUCCUAUUGUCUGUGUCAGCAUGAGCGACUGCCGCCGCAUGGCCUGUCUUUAACUACAAAUACUGGGGAGGGUUGGGAAGGGUGGGGGCUUGGAGGGCACAGGAAUGCAAUGCAAUGUGGGCUAUGAUCCAUUUGGGAAACAUUUUCUAAACCAGGGAGACACUGAGCCAACGUUCCAUCAAAAAUGGGAGUAAGGUGAACUAUGACCUCUCCUCCAGCUAAGAGCAUCACUACAAGCUGUCCCAGUGCUACAACCCUCACCUGAGCAUAUAUGUGUCUUGUACAUAUUAUGGUAUGCACUACAAUGCUCUCUCUCUCUGUGGCUGUGUUACAUGUGUUUGUAAAAAUCCCUAUGUGACGCCAAUGAUGCUGCUUUUUCUGGACCAUACCGUAUUCCUCCCUCUUGUUUCGCCCAUUCAAUCUGAACCUAUAUGAUAUUAUUCUAUAUAUCUUUGUCUAUAUACAACAACAUACAAAUGUGACCUUUAAAUAUUUUUCCCCAUGCUCUCUGUGUGCUUUUGCCCCUCUGACAUCACAUAGCAGCUCUUCAUCUACAGUGUGCUGUGUUGGAGGUGUAGGUUGACCUUCCCUCAGAACGGCAAUAAGAUAUCAUGAGCGGCACAAGAAGUUUAUUGUAUCCUCCCUAUAGUGUCCUUGCGUUAAUCAAAAAUGCAACCACUUCGUCCUCUUACAUAGCAGUCCUGGCCACCUCCAACCAUGACGUACCAUGGCUAGCAUCUGAUGAUGUCACUUGUGUUGUUGUGAGGGUUUUGAUGUUUUUCUUCUUGGUCAUUUGUGCACAUGUAGCAAAGUCAGCCACCAAUCACUGUGAAGAUAGACGGGACUGACUGACCCACAGCUGUGAGCCCAACCCUUGCUCAAUCAUUGUGAAAUUGUGUUGAGAGGAAGCAAUAAGUACGCUAAUAAGAUGGUUGUGAGUGUAUUAGGCACACAGAAAGAAAGUUUGGGCGUCACAGUUGGGCUUUCAGUCUGUUAGUCGCAGCUUUACUCCACUCAGAAAUGAUGUCAAUACAUUAGAAUUGCACAUUUGAUCACUUUUGAUCUCUUUAUGUUUAAGGUUGACAAAAUGUCCUUAUGCCUGUCAUCAAAGCUGCAAGGUUUUGUUACUCAUCAAGGAAAAUACUUCAAAUAUUUUUUUAAAAGAUUGAUUGACCACAGUAAGUGUGCCAUCUCAUUGUACUACCUUCAAGCCUUUAUUUUCUUCUAGUUGUUAGCCUCUCAACAAGUUGCAAUAAACAUCAAUUGUGUGUUUGUUUUUAGCAGCCAGAGAUGGAAUGUCAAGUCUUGGUAAUACUGUAAUUGUGUGUUAAUGUGUUGACUAUGCUAUUUAGUAGAUGAGAUGAAAUAUACACUCUAUUUGCUGUUAGCACCCUAAUUUCAUUGCAAACAUACUCAUUCGAAUGAAGACGCAAAUAGAUUUUUAUCAAUCCCUUCAUUGUAUAUUUUUCUAUUAUGUUAUAAUUUGGAAUACACCAAAAAAUAAGUGUGUAAUGGUGUCCGCUCCCUUAUGUUUUGCUCAUAAGGGCUUAUUUGUUUUUGAAGCAAGGGCCACUGAUGAUGUCAGGGUUGGGUUGGGAGGGGGACAAUAGGUGGUGGGGCAAAAAAGCUUGGUGGCUCCAAUGGUGAGAAGAUGACAGGUAUUUUCCCUCAACACAGCCCGCCCCCAAGCCAUGCUUCCACGUGGUGACACUUUGAAUGUGGAGGAGUCUUGUGUUAUGUGCACGCAGAGGGACAAUAAAUUACUAAUGGAGAUGCCAUGCACCAAUUCAUGCAAAAAUAUUACCAUUGCAAAAACUAGGAAAGACAUGUACUGUAUAUUCCUUUUAGAAUGGAUGGAAAACAAUAUUAACGCAAUAGCAUAUUACUCAAUACUAAGGAAUGCAAAUGCACACAUGCACAGAAAAUGUUUUUAACAUAAAAGGCUAUAUAUAUGAAAUAUAUGACGAUAUAUAUAUUUAUUUAGAAUGCUAUGCACCCUUCCCUGUCAACUGGGAUUUGAGUUAUGUUAUGGAUGUACUUUUAGCAUCAAACCCAUGUAGCUACAAAGAGACUGUUGACUUCUGGGUAAUGCCUGCACCUGAGGAUGAAUUAAGGGUCUCGCGGGUAUUUGAACUUGUUUUGUUUGCAUUUUUUAUUAUUGUUAUGGGGAAUCCAACAUGAAUUUAAAGUCGACAUGAACAAAAAAAAAACCUUUCAAUCCAAUCAACUCCACGAACAUCUGUUGACAACCUACUCUGUACACCAGCUCAACAUUUACAAAAUUAAUAAAGAAAUGCAAUGUC